UUCAAACAUAACGCAAAAUGACAAAAGACGGAAGAUUUUGGGAAGAAAAACGUUGGGAGAGAGGAGAGGAGACAGCAACUUGACCAAAUUAAAACCGCUUCCCCUUCGCAUUUCCCCCAACGAAAUGGUCGGAAAGAAGAACUUGAUCGAAGCAUGUUGACACUAUUUCGCCUGAGAUCGCGACCUUUUCGAAAGCCCUAGAUCCUGCGAAACAAACAAAAGAAAUCCAGGUAAGUUUUCGACGAAACGCUCCUGUUCCCAGAUCCGAACAGAAUCAGAGAUCCGAAAUUUAAGUUCACUCUGUAUGGCGAGGUAUUGAAUAGCUUCUCCUAGCUUAUUGAAUGGCGAAUCCGUGGAAAGGCAAGCUUCUUUUCAUAUAUUUUCUAUUCGUUUUUGGUAUUCCCUAUGUUUCUAGGGAUUUUGUAUGUUGUUCCAGCUCCUUGGAGCUGAACCAAUCUGAAACUGAAGUCCCUUAUGAAACUAGACAGUAUGAUGUACUGAAAAAUCUCGAAGAGUUAGUGAGAAACCUUAGCGAUGUAGUUAGUAAGUUGGAGCUGAGGUUAUCUAAUAUUCCCACGGCGGUGCAUAGAGAUGUGAAGUUGAAUACUGAUGCUUCGAGGCGGGUAGUGCCUGAGGUGGUUAGUUUAGGCGGGGGUAAAGAAGAUGGUUUGAAUGAUGGUGGACAUGGCGCUUUGGACACUAGAGUUCAAGAUGGGGGUAGAGGGAGAGCUGUUUCAGUGACCAAAUACAGUCCAUUUUGGUCUGAGAGGUUCCACUUUUUGUCGGCUGUAAAACUGGAGUCUGAUGCUACUUCUAUCAAUGUCUUGCCGCUCAGGGAUUUUGAGGGGCAUAGCAAGUAUGUAGCUGUUGGAGAUGAGACAGGGAGGAUUUAUGUCUUUGUGAGAAAUGGAGAUGUUGCGGUUGAGCUUCGUACGGUGUCUGGAUCGCCCAUUACUGCAAUGCUUUCGUAUAUGUCUAUUUAUAAGAACGAGACCCUUCUGGUUACGGGGCACGAGAGCGGGGCGAUCUCGAUGCAUCGGAUUUGGGAGGGAUCAAAUGGGGAGGAGUCGAAUUCGAUUUUCAUGGAACAUGUUUUGGAAUUUGUGGUCACUGAUGGUCGAGAGGAGAAGUCGCCAAUUUCCAUAUUGGAAGUUCAUCAUGUUGGGAGGACCAGGUACAUUCUGUCUUCAGAUGUCAAAGGAAAGAUCAAGGUUUUCAGAGAAGAUGGUACAGUUUAUGGUUCUGUCAUGCCGACGAGUAGGCCGAUAGCAUUCUUGAAGCAGAGGCUUUUGUUCUUGACAGAAACUGGUGCUGGGUCAUUGGAUUUGAGGAGCAUGAAACUUAGGGAGUCCGAAUGCGAGGGAUUGAAUUAUUCUCUAGCUCGAAACUACGUGUUUGAUGCCACAGAGCGAUCUAAAGCCUAUGGUUUUACAUCAGAUGGCGAUUUAAUUCAUGUUAUGUUGUUGGGAGAUAUAAUGAACUUUAAAUGCAGGGUUAGAUCUAAGAAGAAGUUUGAGCUUGAUGAACCACUUUUCUUUCAGGCAGUUAAGGGUUAUUUGCUUGUGAUUGGCAGCGAGAAGGUUCAUGUUUUCAACGUGUCGUCGCAGCAUUAUGUUAGAGUCGGUGCACCGAGGCUUCUAUUUUCGGCUCGUUUAGACGAGAUCAGGUCAUCUUUCCUGAACAACCAGAAUUUGGAUUUAGAGUCUCAAGGAAAAUUUAUACCCUUAAUAUCUAGUGAUCGUGAAAAGCUUGUGGUUCUUGGACUAGGAGGUGGAUAUAUAGGAAUGUAUCGCUCUAAUCUUCCAAUUUAUAAAGGAGAGUUCAACACAAUGCUCUGGACAAGCCCUGUUCUGUUUUUCAUACUAUUUCUCUUUGGAGCUUGGCAGUUCUUUGCCAAGAAAAAGGAGGCACUCACUUCAUGGGGACCCGAUGACCCUUUUACUGCCACUUCACCAACUACCGGAGCUCCACUGGGAACUGGAUCGACCGAGCGAACGUCUUUCAUAGACACUCCUUCGAGAAGUACUGAUAUGCGAACAUCUUUCAUAGACACUCCUUCGAGAAGUACUGAUAUGAUGGAUCUCAGAGGAGGCAGCGGCCUAAGAGGACCGCCACGGCGUUAUGGUUCUCCUACAGGGUAUCCUGGCGGGGUAACGAGUUCUUUUAGGCCAGCUACGACAAGUGACCAUAGCUCGAGACAGGCUGCAGUUGAUCCAAAUUAUAGAGCAGCUUCUGAGCUCAAAUUUAGGGGAUCGCCGUUAGAACCUCCGGGAUUUCCGAAACGAAGGGAGCCUCUAUUUGCAAACAACCAGGUGGUGAAUCAGGUGGUGGAUGAAAGCAGUUAAAGGAAAAGUAGGUAUCAGCUAGAAAUCUUUGCUUCAUAGAGUUCAAGUUCUUGAAUCCUGAUUACGUUAUCUUUUUUCCCAAUUGCUCGUUUGCAUUUGCUGGUCGGUACGAACGUGUUUGAUCUCGCUAUAUUACUAUAUCUCUAUGUUUCUAGUUGCAUGCAAAGGAGAAGGAAAAAAAAAAAAAAAAAAAAGAGUGAAAUAAUGCAAUUUUCUUCUUGAAAUUGUUGUUCACCUUUGCAUACUUCUGCUGAUUCCAUCAUGCCUGCUCAAUGUUUUAACGGUCUUUAACUUAAAUUCAAGUUCUUCAUGA